AUGGUCAAAGAUGAGUACGAUGAGGAAUCAAAGCGCCCUGGAUUUGUUCCUUUCAAGAAGUUCUUUGAAACAAACGAUGAUCGGAAGGAUGCCUUCCCUCUUCUGGUUGGCAUAGAGAAUGAGGCGCUCCUCAGGCGAUAUCGGGCGCUGGUUGGGACAUAUAGGGAGGUCAAAGACUACCUCGAUCGAUCAGGCAGUGGUGGGCUCCUUGGGGCUUUAAUCCAAUUUGGAUUACCACAUCGGCUCUAUGACAUUCUGUUAGACAUGAAUGCCAGUAAUCCAGCUGCCAAUGGUGUCGGACAAGGAGAGUUGGACGACAACAUUGAGGAUCUACUUGCCGACGACAUUAGCGUAUCUGAGGCCCCAUCUGAAGAGAGUGGGGCCGAUGAGCCCACCGGGGCCGAUUGCAAUAUCAACACCACCCGUGAUUCACCCGCCAGUGACCCCAGGCCCAAGAAGCGAGGUCGACGCGAGAGGACCCCCUUAACCGCAGAAGAAAGAGCCCUCGACUCCUCGUCCCCCCUCCCUGAAGCCCUGGUCUUGCCGGUCCCCCCAAGGGCCCAAGGGAUUCCCAGCUCCUCAUCCGCGGCGGCAGCUAAACCCAAGGCGCCGCCGGCCCCUAAGGGGGGAGCUCCAAGUCCUGCAAUGGCAACCAAGAAACCAACUGUCACACGCCCACCUGUUGCUAUAGCUACCCUCCUCGCCGGCGCGUCGCAGGAGGCAUCAUCUCAGUGGGCCAUGGAUGAGCGACAGCGCGCAGAGGCGAACCGAGCCGACGAACGGCGCAUUGCGGAAGAAAAGGCCGAACUGAAAGAACAGAUUCGCCAGGACCAACUGCUCCAGGCCAAGCAAGAGCGCGAGGACGCUCGCGAACAGGCCCGAUUCAAUCGAGAGGCCGCGGCGGAUCGUGCUGCCGAGCGGGCUGCAGAGAGGGAGGCCGACCGGCGCGAGGAGACGCGUCGCUACGAGGCAAAUCAGGAGAGGCUUGCGGCGGCUCAGGUGGCAGCUCAGGCAGCACAAAUGGCGAUGUUUGCUGGCCUAAUGGGCAAGGGGGCUGGUAAUCCAUGA